AACUCCAGGAGUUCGUCGACUUUGUCAACGAGAAGGCCGGUACGCAGCGCACGCCGAGGCGGCUUGCUCCCGACGGCCGGCCGUGUCGAGGCCAUCGAUGUGGUUGUCGGCGCCGACGGCGGUGUCUCCAAGACGACGCUCGAGUCGGUCGAGAAGAUCGUCGAGGGCCUCUCGGGCGACGAGCUCAAGCACGGCAACUUGUACGUCAAGGCCAUCAAGAAGAUCCUUGCCAAGGGCUCGGCGUACGUGACCAAGGAGAUUGCUCGCCUCGAGAACAUGCUCAAGGACGACAACGUGACGCCGCAGAAGAAGACGCUCUUCCUCCUCCGCAAGAACAUCCUCGAGGCGCUCAAGGCCGAGGCGUAA